CAGAACUGACGGAAGAAAGGGAAAGAAGGAGACAGACUCCAAACUUGUUCCCACUGUGUUUUUGCAGCUUGCCAUAGACCUGAACUAGGAUGUGGCAAGAGAUCAGACCAGUCCAGGGAGCAGCCAAGAUUAGCUGGGAUUUAAAAUAAAACCCUUUAACAGGAGGUCACCUAGAAUAACGCUCACGUAUGUAUCCGUGAAGAGGCCUGAGGACUAUAUCCGGAGAAGUGCCAACAACAUGCCCAAGCAGGUGGAGGUACGAAUGCACGACAGCCAUCUCAGCUCAGAGGAACCGAAGCAGCGGCAUCUAGGCUUACGUCUGUGUGAUAAGCUGGGGAAGAAUCUCCUGCUCACACUGACUGUGUUCGGUGUCAUCCUGGGGGCAGUGUGUGGAGGGCUUCUUCGCUUGGCAUCUCCUCUCCACCCUGAUGUGGUCAUGUUAAUAGCCUUCCCAGGGGAUAUACUCAUGAGGAUGCUAAAAAUGCUCAUCCUCCCUCUCAUCAUCUCCAGCUUAAUCACAGGGUUGUCGGGCCUGGAUGCUAAAGCCAGUGGGCGCUUGGGCACGAGAGCCAUGGUCUAUUACAUGUCUACAACCAUCAUUGCUGCAGUGCUGGGGGUCAUCUUGGUCUUGGCUAUCCACCCGGGGAACCCCAAACUCAAGAAGCAGCUGGGGCCCGGGAAGAAGAAUGAUGAAGUGUCCAGCCUGGAUGCCUUCCUGGACCUUAUUCGGAAUCUCUUUCCUGAAAACCUGGUCCAAGCCUGUUUUCAACAGAUUCAAACGGUGACCAAGAAAGUCCUGGCGGCACCUCCGUCAGAUGAGGAGGGCAAUGCCACCAACGCCGUCAUCUCCUUGUUGAACGAGACUGUGAUGGAGGCGCCUGAGGAAGCGAAGGUGGUUAUCAAGAAGGGCCUGGAGUUCAAGGACGGCAUGAAUGUCUUAGGUCUGAUAGGGUUUUUCAUUGCUUUUGGCAUCGCCAUGGGGAAGAUGGGAGAGCAGGCCAAGCUGAUGGUGGAAUUCUUCAACAUUUUGAAUGAGAUUGUAAUGAAGUUAGUGAUCAUGAUCAUGUGGUACUCUCCCCUGGGUAUCGCCUGCCUAAUUUGUGGAAAGAUCAUUGCAAUCAAGGACUUAGAAGUGGUUGCUAGGCAACUGGGGAUGUACAUGAUCACGGUGAUUGUGGGCCUCAUCAUCCAUGGGGGCAUCUUUCUCCCCUUGAUUUACUUUGUAGUCACCAGGAAAAACCCUUUCUCCUUUUUUGCUGGCAUUUUCCAAGCUUGGAUCACUGCCCUGGGUACUGCUUCCAGUGCCGGAACUUUGCCUGUUACCUUCCGUUGCCUGGAAGAAAAUCUGGGAAUCGAUAAGCGCGUGACCAGAUUUGUCCUCCCGGUUGGAGCAACCAUCAACAUGGACGGUACGGCCCUUUAUGAAGCGGUGGCCGCCAUCUUUAUUGCCCAGAUGAACGGUGUUAUCCUGGAUGGAGGCCAGAUUGUGACUGUGAGCCUCACGGCCACGCUGGCGAGCGUGGGUGCAGCCAGUAUCCCCAGUGCGGGCCUCGUCACCAUGCUCCUCAUCCUGACGGCUGUGGGCCUGCCGACGGAGGACAUCAGCCUGCUGGUGGCCGUGGACUGGCUGCUGGACAGGAUGAGAACUUCAGUCAAUGUUGUGGGGGACUCUUUUGGGGCUGGGAUUGUCUAUCACCUCUCCAAGUCUGAGCUGGAUACCAUUGACUCCCAGCAUCGAGUGCAUGAAGAUAUUGAAAUGACCAAGACUCAGUCCGUUUAUGAUGAUGUGAAGAACCAUAGGGAAAGCAACUCUAAUCAAUGUGUCUAUGCCGCACACAACUCUGUCAUAGUAGAUGAGUGCAAGGUGACUCUGGCAGCCAACGGAAAGUCCGCCGACUGCGGAGUCGAGGAAGAACCGUGGAAACGUGAAAAAUAAGGAUGUGACUCUCAGCAAAUUUUUGAACAAACUCCCCAGCGUAUCUUAUGGUAAAAAGAGAAUAUAAACAAGCUGUCUUUAAAAAGGAAAAAAAAAAUGCACCUAUUUCUGUGUUUACUUAAUCUGCUAGCCAAGGCUUCGAGGAUCUGUUGUGAGUCAGUGAUAGGCGCGGUGCUGUGUCUUUGCCAAGUGAUGCUUUGUAACUGCCUCAUUUUCUCACUUGUAUUAUUGUCUGAACGGAGAGUGCUGGAGGAAUCAGUUUGAAUUGAAGACACAUUCUUGCCAGCUUCCCUUUGCUCUCUAAAUGCAGAGUCUCGGAAGCUCUUUUCCCAGGGGACAUGACUAAAGUGAUGUGGUACACUCCGGGGACUUGGGAUAAAGGGCAGACACCCAGAGUGUGAUUCCUUCAAGUGUUCUCUGUGCUUCUGCUUUGUUAUGCACAAGAGGUUCUGUUAGAAGCCUCUAGACAUAAUUCUCUUGAAAUGUCUCGUAGAGUUUGCCCAUGUGUUGAUUAAAAGCAAAUCCCUGUCUUCAGGAACUCUCAGAAUCUAUCUUCUGUGUACUCUUUCAACUAAAUAUUUCAAAGAGAAUGGUAGUGGGAACCGUGUUCUUCAAGGCAGCUGAUUACGGAACCCACUGAGUUUCUGCUCUGCCCUAUCCGGUCUGGGGAAAUAAUCACUGAAAUUUCAAAGUAGGUUUCAUAAUUUGCUCUCAAUUUGAUAAUGGAUUAGGAUGUAAUUUGCAUAUGGCCGCUGUACAUAUUGACGAAAGUAAGAGAACACAGCCAACGUAAACUUUAACCAGAUUCCAAUAUUCAAAUUCGUUUGUGUUUGGUUUGCAUUCACCUGGCAGAGUGAAAUCAAGUGAGAUGAUUUGAUUGAUGCUUUACUUUCUUUGUUUCAGCCGUAAAAUUCUUCUUUGGAUUUCUAACAAAAAAAAAGGACAUUUUUUUUAAUCGGCAAAUUAUUUUAGUUACAGUCUCAUUAACCUAGAAGGCUGAAUCAUUCGACUCGCCUCACACGUGGAGGACAGUUACGUUGGCUGCGCCUCUUAAUACCAUCUCUCGAUAAAAAACAAAACAUCGUCAUUGAUCUAACAUGUAGAAAGCUUUCUGUUGUAGUCUCUCAAAGCACAAUAAAACUAGUUACAGGGCACAGUUGAAAGCAGAGCCAAUCUGCUUCCCAGUCUUCUCUGUAGUAAGGAACAGAAAACAAACAUGUGCAAAAUCCUAUAAAGGUGGCAUUCCCAUGGCAAAGUCAAGGCAGCCUUGAGCCAUGAAAUGGGAGCAAAUGAUGGCUCCUCACAAUUUCACAGAUGGCGUCUUCAAGGCUGUCACGGUUUGAGGGAGUAAAUAACAUAAGUGGAUUAGCACCGUGCCUUGUAUGCCAUUGGCACCCAAUGAAUCCUGAUGAUGGAUCGUGCAAACUAAACUUGUCAGUUUCUCUACUAUCAUUUUCUGUUGAAUAACUCACAGUAUUUUCCUAAGGUUGCAGGCUUUGGGAGUUUGCUGGUAACUUGAACAUGAAUCACCGAGAAAUAAGUACAUUUGACUGACUGCGAGGAGCGUGUAGAAUCUUGGUCCACACGUAGGAGUCAGGUGGUCAUCAGAGACCAGCAGAUGGGUGCUGGGGUACACACUAAUAGUCGUAGGGUGCAAAUGCUCUGAGAAGAGGUCGUGUAUAUAGACAUCACAUACCCUUUAUUACCUAUUCCUGGUGACUUUUCUCUUCCAAACCAGACACCUUUGGAACUUGCAAGAGACGUAAGAUUCCAAUUGCUUUUGUCUCUCAAACCCUUGUUGUUUUUAGAUAAGGAUCAUUGUUUGAGCAGUAUUAAGCAGCUUUAUGCCUUUUUUUUUCUUUUUAAUGUUAUUGGUCUUCAUUUUCAUUAGAUGGACAGUUAAUUGGGUCGCCAAGGACGUGCUGAAACGUAGUAGUGGACAGUGCAUCCUUUACAGCAGAUAUUGUGGGUCAAGGGGACAGUUCCUGGAUUUAGCUGUGAAACUGUUAUGGAUUGUCUUUAAGUGGUGCUCCCAAGAGCUUUUUGAUGGUGAAGAGAAGGAUCUAGGCAAGGCACUGAGGAGUUUGUGGGUUUUGCUGUUUAAGGCCAGCUUAGCACUUGUACAUGUUGACAUGUUUCUCAAAAGAGUGGUCUUGGGAUCGUCUUCCCAAGACUCCGCUCAAUGUCUUCCUGCUUUGCUUUGUCUUCCUAGUUAUCCUAUAAAUAUAUAAGGGGACAAUGUGUUCAGAAGAAACAAGGUGUACAGCUUAACAAAACAGGUUUUUCUGGUUUUAGACUACCUGUAAUAAGUUUCACAAGAACAUACUUAGGAAAUCACUUUCAUCUGGAAAUUCACAUCAUAUUUAAACUGAAUAAUCUGUCAAAUUCAGGACUAACCCGAAAAUCCAGGAUGUAUGUAGAGCUGACGUAUGACUGUGUUCUCUAUUUUUUUAGGUCUCAUUCAUUCUUCUUAUGCCAUGCCCAUUUGGGCUUCCUUUGGCCAGCAUGAGUGCCAUAAACAGAACAAACAGAUCCAGAGUAUACCUCUAAGAACCUUUUUCUAAGUAAGAUACGUAUAAUCUUUCCGUUAUAUGCACAGAUUUAUAUUAAUAGGUUCAACACAGAUAUAAAUGCUUGUAACAGUUAUUAAUAUUUGAUGAUGCAUAAGUUAUAUACAGACACAACAGGCCAGAUCCAUACACUGCAACCCAUAAGGUCUGUAAGUCAGGGCUUUGGCAACACCAUUUUGUUACAGACUCAUUCACUCUUUUUAGGAAUCCGAAUCAUUUUGAGAGAAAAUCAACUGAACAGACUUUCAUCCUCCCCUUUUUAAUUUUUGCCCACUGGGAAACCCAAGUAGAAUUACCAUUUGAUUACCAACUACAGUUCAAUGAGCUAAAUCCAGUCAGCAGGAAGAAUGGCUUAUCUCUCAAGCUGAGGCUUUACCUUAGGUCUUUGAGGAUGUGCCUCCCGUGCAGAGCAUCAAAGAAUCAAGGCAAUCAUCUAGAUCGCAUAGAUCCUCAAUAAAGGUCUUCAGGUAAUAAAAUCUGAACCAAGUAGAUGCCAGAUUCAAUUCUUUAUUUCCUAUUGGGUGUGGAAACACAGCCCGUAGUCUCAUUGCCUGAAGUUACCUUGUCCCGUAAAAGAAAAGUAUUAGCUUCUCCUCUGCAACUGUUGGUCAGCCGAAAGAAAGGGUGCCAAACGCCUCACUCCUGGAUUUAGACUGGUGGAAACUGAGAAGGGCUUAGGGGAAAUUCAAUUUAUGGGGAGAUGUAUUCCUGGUAGGAAAUAUCAGGAAUCCCAAUGACUGAGUAGUGGGCCUCAGGUCAUUUCCAACCUUGCAUGGGGAAGUAUGGCACUUGCAAGCGUGUCUAGUCAAGAAACCCUUCCGGAGUUGGGUAACUCAUGUACUGGCUCCCUGAAGGGAAACCCAAUCCUGCCAUGUUUUUGCAAAUACCACACUUCCUUUGCUUCUCAAGAGCAAAUGUUAUGGUACAAUAUUGUACUUUUGUCAGAAUCAAGGAAUCUGUCUGUGCUAUAGUUUCCCAUGAAAUACGGCAGUAAGUCCAAAUCAGUACGCACAUGCUCAGAGAGAAUUUUUCCAUGGUUCAGACUCUUGAUGAGAAGGUCUUUGCAGCUCUUGCUUGACUUGAUGGCCAAAAGGGCUCAGCAGUUACACCCAAUGGAGGUGGCUCUUCUUCCUUGCUUUUUGAGUCUUGGGGCCAUACAGUUGUCUAGGUUGCUGGUAUUGCUUUCCUUAUUCUCCAAAUAAAUUCAUUCCAAGGCAAGAAAAAGGACCAAUGAGAUUUUUUUUCCGGUUAUUGUCAUACACACUCUUGGACUUUUAGGGUCACGCUAAGUGUACUCUUUGUCCCCUUCACCUAUUUUGCCCAUCCCCCCACUCACCUCUCCUCUGGCAACCAGCAGUUUGUUCUCUAUAUUCAAGAGUCUGGCUUUUUCAUUUGCCUCUUCUUAUCUUUGUUCCUUUGUUUUGUUUCUUAAAUUCCACAUACGAGUGAAAGCAUCUGGUAUUUGUCUCUCUGACAGGCUUACUUCACUUAGCUUUACAUCCCCUCUAAAGAUUAAGUUUAAGCAAAGAGCCUGAAGGAAUUCUGAAGUGAGAGUUUUGUACAUCUACCUGUCAGAGAUUCACAGCCUCAGGCUCUCUGGUACUUUCUGGCUGAAAUCUAGAAUAAGGGCCACCGAGUGCCAACCUGGGCAGGCCCUAUAGGCAGACUGUUCUCUUUAGGUGAAGCGAGUCCAAAGCUGCUCAUGCUAUAGUUGCUUAUGGUUUUCCCAAAAGGAAAACCCAACUUCCCGCUCUUCCUUCUCCUUUCUCAUUCCUCUCUUUAGCAGGCAUCGUUGCUGCUUAAGAGACAAUUUGGUAACAGACCACAUGUUAGUGCAAGAGUUGGUUCUAGAAAAGAUGACAAGGAAUCUUAAUUGCAUACUAUCUCGUUUCAUAGCCUAGCAUGGUGAAUUCACAUAAUGACGUAGGGAGGCUGAGAAAUAAUGCCGUUGGGUACAAGAAACAUUUGACUUAGACUCUGCCAGCUUUUAGCUGUGUAACUUAGACAAGUCGCCUCAUGCCCAAGCCUCAUUCCUUCCCAUACGUAAAGUGAGGGGGUUGGAUUAAGUGAUUAAAACUCUCUUCAAGCCCUAAGAAUCCAUGAUAUGAUGAUCUCUGCUUUAAUUUCUUUUUUUCAAGAGGCUUACUGCUAGAAAGUAUGACUUGCUUAUAUUUUAAGUCAGAGUGGCCCACAAUAAGGAAUAAUCAAUUUGGAUCGUUUUUCAUCCCCUUGGGGCAAUACUAAAUUCAAGCCUCUCUCUUCAUUUGAUGUUUUACAACAAGCUUGGAAGUUGGCCACGUUAAACCAUAGUUUGGUGUUUUGGGAUACAAACAGACAUCCUUUGACUGCCCUUUUGCCUAACUCACUGUCUUAGUAGAAGUAGUGAUUCAGCCCAAAGCAAACUGCUGCCACAGGGGUAGGGCGAGUCCAGAGCCUCAACGCAGGGCCUUAGAUCAUUCCCACUAUAGCAACAGAGGCCACUCCGAACCCAAAACACACAGUUUUCUGCACACCGUCCUAAUUGCCAACCCAGUAUGGGAAUCUGGGAGCCUUUGGCAAAUAAACUUGAACACCCUUAGGAAAUUUGGUGCAAGACUUAUACAGUAACAGCAACUGUCUGUCAAUACCUUCCCUCCCUGCCUGUACGCAGACAUGCACAGCCCAGCACAGGCUGAGCCUGGGCCAAGUCCUUUCUCUGCAGGGAUAUUUGAAUUCAUUUUCAAAUGGUCGUCUUGGUUGGUUUUUAUCAUGGGCCUCCCAUCAAAGCUAGAGAAGCUCUAUCUUACAAGAGUGGAGUUGUGCUGGUUAUCAUUGUGCCCUUCCAUGCCUGAGGGGUUUCUAGGGCAGAUAAAAUGCAUGGUCUGUCUGCAAGGUGCAUGCCACCAGCAUGGCUUUUGAACACCUUCUUGCACUUUCUGGUACUGCUGCAAUGGGCCCCUGCUUUCAUCCUUGCUCUGAGCCCAAACUCCUGCUAAAUAUGGAAUAGGUUUGGUAUUUACUUGAUUGCCAGAGAAGCCCCGCUUUUUAGGUUUGGGGAAGCAAGACAUAAAUGUAGGAUGGAAAGGACUGGGUUAGGGUCUUCGUUGUUUUUUGUUUGUUUGUUUGUUUGUUUGUUUUUUGGGUGCAGAAGACCCGAAGCAAGGACAGCAAGACAAAGGCUAGUUCUCCACUGACCCAUAGAAAAACCUAUAGACAAGCAAGAGAAGCCCACAAAUUCUUACUUCAUUCACUCAAAUUAUAUCCUAAAUAAUUACUGAUGGGUUUUUUUUUUUUUCUAUGUUCAGCCUGGCUUCACCUUCCUACCGCCAGACCAAGUAUCCAUUUUGAGAUUUUUAAAGUUCUUCUGAUUGUCAUACAGGGCCUUCUUGUGCUGAGACUAAACCUGGCUACUGAAACAGAUCCCACUGCUUUGCAGAGUCAACGCAUGAUCUAGAGCAUGGGUCAUCACAGGUCUCCAGUCUCUCUGGAGACACCCCCAAUCCCUGGGUGAGUGUUGGAACCUAACAGCCAACUGUGACCCUUGUCGUCAUUCCCUGUGGAGACGGGGAUGAUGCCAUCAGAGCCUUGCUCCUUCUGGGGCUCUCUUUCUUUCCAUGGCAACCAUUCAGCCUGCCUAGAAAUGGCUGUUGCCUCUGGUAGGAGAGAAAUACACACAUUAGCCAAGGAAGCUGAUCUAGCACAGCUCUGAGGUUUCUCCUCCGCGCAGCGAGUCCUCUUGAGAUGUGUGAUCAGGAAGUCCUCUGAGAUGUGUGAUCAGGAAGCAAUCCGCUGGUUGCUUACUUACUACUCCAGGAGAGUAAUUUUCCUUACUAGGAACUCAACCUUGGGCAUCGAGAUCUUUCCAUAAAUCACCUUAACUUCUCCCUUCUUCCUCCUCCCCCUGGGGAACCUCAGCAUUGCAUUCCCAUGUUGCACAACACAGAUCAGAUUAUCUGGUCGCUCUAGAGAUUUGUAUAUAAAAGACUACUUUUGUGAAGAUUUUUGUAUAUUGUUUUUCUAUUUGUUUUCUACGGCUUAAGGAGAGAACUGGCAAACUGUGAAUCUAAUUUGAUCUUGCUGCCAGCAGAUAUAUUUUGGCUUCCUGGUAAGAACCGAUAUUACCGGGGACAAUUCAUUGUCUUUCCAUUGCCCUGUGAUCAAUAUUGCACCCCACUCACGAAUUCCUCCAGCCCAAUCUUACGUUCUUUUUUAAACAAAUCGCUGGGCUUCUUUGUUAUUAUUUAUAAAGAGCAUGAGGAAAUGUUUUUAUAGUCCUGGAUAUUAUAUGUUUAAUAUUGAUUUAGCCUUUAAUAAUGUUAUAGGUUUGUAUCUAUUCUUCAUAAAUCACAAAGAACUCAGUGUAGACUGAAUUAAUCUAUUUAGUAUCUGUAAUUUUGCAGACAGAUAUUUUCUUACAGUAUUUUCUAUAUAACCACAUAUGUAGAAUUGUAACUAAUUAGAGCACAAGACAUUUCUACAGCAACUUAGAGCUAUCAGUUAUUUCCUGAGCAUAUAACCGCAUUUGAAAAAUUUAAGAAUCCAGUCCUUCGCAAUGCAAUGAACAAAAUGACCAUAAAGAACAAGGAAUCACUUCAAUCCCUUAGCUGGUUAAGAUACGCAUUUAAACAAUUAGUCUUUUAAACUUGAGGAAUGGUGCUAAUUCCUUAUUCCUGACACCAAGCCUUGUUUUUCCAGCUAAGCGUUCAAAUUUCACAAAAGUAAGAAGAUGAAAAAUAAGGUGAUAAGAGUGGGAUCAUUUCUAUAUCAGAACUUCCCCUGCCUUCCCAAUAAUUUAUGUCAAAAUGGGCUUAGGAAAACCUUGAAUAGCAGAGCUUGCGAGUGAGUGCUAGGAAGCAAAUCACGACAGAUUUGUUGCAGUUCCUUCUUGCCAAGCAAAUUGGUAGUAAAUGUCACAUUGUUAUGUGAAUUGAGCACAUAUUUUUAAGAAAAAGGUUAUUAGUACCAGCUAUGAAGCAAUACUCUUAAUCACCGGGGCUGGAGGUGGGAGCUUAGAGUCACACUGCAAUUGUUUAAAAGAAGCCCAGGUAGAUUCUGUCCUCAGGUGAAUAACAAUCUAUGUAAUUUUCCCCAAAAGGCAAAUCGGUAGCCACUGCAAAGACAAGGGGGUCUUCCUUCUGCCAAACACACUUUCUGAUAUGGUUGUAGGGCUAGUAUUUUUGCCACGUUUUAAAAAGAUAGUCAACUCCAUAGAAAGUGUACUGGUAUAUAUUUGAAGCUGUUCCUCAAUAAGCAAACAGAUUAGAAGUGCCCUCAACUGGCAAUGAUUGUAUCUGUGAUUUUCAAGUACAAGAUAGCUGUUCAAAGCAUGAAGUUCUUGUGUGUAUACAGUAACACUUGGUUCGCGCAUGAAGAACAGUGCCUAUGCACUUUGUGUAGCUAUAAUGUAGGUAUCUAUGUGUAAUUUCAGUGAAAUUGGUGUAUAGAUGUAUUUUAAUUUAAUUUAAAUGUUAUUUUUGGCUAUUCAUCUAAAUGCAGUAGACAUGUUGAUUGGUGUUUUGAAAACCCUUCUUUUCCCUCUUAGAUAACUAGUGAAUCGCUUCUCCUCUUUUUAAAUGUGAUUUAGGGGUAUGUAUCAGUGAAGAACUUCUCUAUGAAUCCUUUGUACCAAUGACUGUGUGAAAGUCUGGGUGUCUAGCAUCUUUGUAAAUACGCAGUUCAGAGCAAGGGAGGGUUGGACGUGUGUCAUGAUUCUUAGUGAAAGGUCAUCUGACGUCUGUCUAAUGCAUGGUGAUUGCAGCUGUGGAGCUUUUGAUGAUCUAGGCUUAAGUAGGUUUAGAAUGAGGACAUUUAUCUACAGCCCUCCUUUGCUUGGUGUAUUGGACUCAGAGAGACAAAAGGUUAGUCUGCUUAUGUGCAUGCUAGCUAGCAUCCUGUCCUUAGGUAAAGGUCUGCCUCUCUGGUUGCCAAAUACUGAUCAUGAUUCUCAUGACUUAGAGGUUCUGAAGAACCUUGUCCCCCUUGGUUUCUUGAGUCAGGUUAACUAACUGCCAUGUAGGCAAAACCCCACAGAAGCACAGUUCUGGUAGUAAACUGCACAGGUGUCCAUAGAAAGAGCACUAGAGGCCCAGGAAUGGUCAGUAUAUAGCUUUGGGGUUGCAGAAAGGCAACUGAUGAAGCACAGAUCCCACAGAUGUGAAGGAGUAUGACCUCUACCUAAUAGGCUCUGUGUGCAUGUUUUGAGUGAUUGACGACGAGACUAACUAAUGCAAAUAUACACUUGCUUCCUAAAACACACAUUCUGUCUAAUUACCACUACGUGGAAUGCCGUAGCAUUGAAAGUUCCUGUAACUCCUUUCCUCCUCCGCAAGGACAGAGAAAAAUGGCCACGUGCAGCUGGGGACACCGAGUGCCCCUCUCUUCUCACAAAAAGGCGUGACGCCUGCAUGAUCCUGUGAGGGCACAGAGCACAUUAAUUUUCGGUGGCUUCUCCAAUGAUUGGAGUGAGGGGAUACAGAUGGUGGAACAGGCACAUUUUUCUUGGAAAAUGUGGCCUCUUCAACUCCUGUCAGAUUCUGGAUGGAAACCCCACUGAAAGAAAGCUAGCCUUUAGGCGGGGUUUCCUCUGGAGAUGCUUGUGUGUCCAGAAUGAAAGAUAAGAAUAAUUGUUUCCCUCAACUUCACAAUCCCCACUGGUCUAAAGUCAUGUAGCCCAGAGCAUUGAUAGCACACAGGCAUUUAAAGACUAAUGAAUGAAAAAAGAUAAAAAAACUUCAACUAAUUUUGGGGUUAUUUCUUCAGUAUGGUACUAGGAGAUGCCUUGUUGGCAAAGCACAUUUGGGGUAGUUGAGAUCUUUCGUUUUCACCUUGAGCUUUCUUACCAUGUGGACUGAUUACUGUAACAUUUCAUGUGUAAAAUAACUGGAUAUUCUUUAUAUACUGGAAGCAAUCUGUGAAUCCAAUAUUUCACUAAGUGUUUUAACUUUUGUGUAUAUAUCUCUCAUCAAUAAAUGUGGAUUCUGAUUUC